GCGCCGCGGCUGCGGUGACGGGGCAGGUCGGGCGCCGCGCUCAGCCGCAGCCCUCCCGGCGACAGCGGCCGGGCGCGAUGCUCUUUUAGGCGGCCCGAGCCCUUGCGAGCGCGGCGGGCAGGCGUAGCACCCCGUAGCGGAGCUGGGAGCGCGGGCGGGCGGCUCCCCAUGGCGAGCAGCCGGAGCAUCGAGCUGGAGCACUUCGAGGAGCGGGACAAGCGGCAGCAGCGCUCCGGGCCGCGGCGCGGAGGCUCCGGGUCCGGCGGCGGCGCGGGGCCGCGGGGCAAUGGGCUGGUGCCCAGCCCGGCGCACAGCGCGCACUGCAGCCUCUACCGCACCCGCACCCUGCAGGCGCUCAGCUCCGAGAAGAAGGCGCGCAAAGCCCGCUUCUACCGCAACGGGGACAGGUACUUCAAGGGCUUGGUGUACGCCAUCUCCCCCGACCGCUUCCGCUCCUUCGACGCCCUCCUGGUGGAGCUCACCCGCUCUCUGUCGGACAACGUGAACCUGCCCCAGGGCGUCCGCACCAUCUACACCAUCGAUGGCAGCAAGAAGCUCACCAGCCUGGACGAGCUGGUGGAAGGUGAGAGCUAUGUGUGUGCAUCCAAUGAGCCAUAUCGCAAAGUUGAUUACACCAAGAAUGUCAACCCAAACUGGUGCGUGAACAUACGGACUGGGUCCAGUCGGUCCUUGACGUCCUUGACAUCCACGAGGAGCGAGGUGAAGGAGAGCAAAGAUUUCAUUAAACCCAAGCUGGUGACUGUUAUUAGGAGUGGGGUAAAGCCACGGAAAGCUGUGAGGAUUCUGCUGAACAAGAAGACUGCUCACUCCUUCGAACAGGUCUUGAAUGACAUCACCGAAGCCAUUAAGUUAGACUCGGGUGUAGUCAAGAGACUUUGUACACUGGAUGGGAAGCAGGUAACGUGCUUGCAGGACUUCUUUGGAGACGACGACGUCUUCAUCGCGUGCGGGCCAGAGAAGUACCGGUACGCUCAGGAUGACUUCGUCUUGGAUCACAGUGAAUGUCGUGUCAUGAAGUCUUACUCGCGCUCCGCUGCCAUGAGGCACGCUGCGUCCAAAAGUCCAGGACCUUCACGUCGGAGCAAAUCCCCUGCCUCAGUAAAGAGGGGUGGCCACUCCACUGCUCAUUCUUCAGCAAAAUCCCCAGUUAAUGGAACCCCAAGCAGUCAGUUAUCCACCCCAAAAUCUACAAAGUCCUCCAGCUCUUCACCUACAAGCCCAGGCAGCUUUCGUGGACUCAAGAUCUCCCCACAUGGUGGAUCUUCUUCCAACGUGAAUGGCGUACCUGAAUCACUCCGUUGCCAGAGUCCCGAAGGCUUGAAUGGAAACAAGUUCUCAGGGUCAUCUACCAUUCUUGAGAAGUACAAAGUGGGGAAGGUGAUUGGUGAUGGCAAUUUCGCUGUUGUAAAGGAGUGUGUGGAACGAUCCACAGGAAAGGAGUUUGCCCUGAAGAUCAUAGACAAGGCCAAGUGCUGUGGGAAGGAACACCUGAUUGAGAAUGAAGUGUCUAUUCUGCGCCGGGUGAAGCACCCAAACAUCAUCAUGCUCAUAGAGGAGAUGGACACCCCCACAGAGCUCUACCUGGUGAUGGAGCUGGUCAAGGGAGGAGACCUCUUUGAUGCCAUCACUUCAUCUACAAAAUACACAGAGAGAGAUGGGAGUGCCAUGGUCUACAAUUUAGCCAGUGCUCUCAAAUACCUGCAUGGUCUCAACAUUGUGCACAGAGACAUCAAACCAGAAAAUCUUCUGGUGUGUGAAUAUUCAGAUGGAACCAAGUCUUUGAAGCUUGGAGACUUUGGACUGGCGACGGUGGUCGAAGGCCCUUUGUACACUGUCUGUGGGACACCCACCUAUGUGGCUCCAGAAAUCAUUGCAGAGACAGGGUAUGGCUUAAAGGUGGAUAUUUGGGCUGCAGGUGUGAUCACUUACAUCCUGUUAUGUGGAUUUCCACCUUUUCGCAGUGAAAACAACCUUCAGGAAGACCUCUUUGACCAGAUACUUGUAGGGAAGCUGGAAUUUCCCUCUCCCUACUGGGAUAACAUCACUGAUUCAGCAAAGGAGUUAAUCAGCCUGAUGCUACAUGUGAAUGCUGAAGCCCGCUACACAGCAGCACAGAUCCUAAGCCAUCCCUGGGUGUCAGAUGAUGCUUCCCAGGAGAAUAAUAUGCAAGCUGAAGUAACAGGUAAACUGAAGCAGCACUUUAAUAACACCCUACCCAAGCAAAAUAACACAUCUGCUGGGGUUUCUGUCAUCAUGAACACAGCUCUAGAUAAAGAGAGUCAGAUUUUCUGCAGCAAGCGCUGUCAGGACUCUGGUAGAGCUGGAAUGGAGAAAAUUUCUGCAAUUGCUGCUGCAGCUGCUGAUCCUCGUGUGGCUGGGUCCGAGCCCCUCCUCCCUGCUGCUCCUGAGCCACUCCGGUCCCCCACGCUGCCUCCUCCUGGCCUUGCUGGGGAUCAGCCUGGUGCUUAGGACUGGGGAAAACAAAUCCACCCGAAGCUCCACACUCUGGCCAGUUUUCUUCAUUUCCCAUGACUGUUUUCAGUUUGUGUGCACCUCUCAUGGCGAGCCCCAGCCAGGUCUGAUCCUCUCUCUCACAGGGGGUGAACAUCUUGGGAACAGCAGUAGGGGAAAGACUCCAGCAAUGUUAGAUGGUUUUUUAAGUUCUCUGUGUCAGUAAUUAACUCCAUUUCACACAGCCUUGGGCUCUAAAUAGACUAACUUAUGGUGUAGCUAACCAUAUUUUUAUAUGAGCAGUGAGGUGGGGAACAGUUACCUGGCCUCACGUCCACCAGCAGGCCCUGUUCUGUUCUUCUGAUGGGAAUUUUCAGAAAAGUGGGAGAGGCAAACAAGGGAAGAAAACUUCUAUUUGCCUUCUAUUCCAAUGCCUCUAUUUUUAGCCAAGUUUCUAUUAAACUUGAAGAGGCAAAUUUUCACGAAGAAUUUUUUAGUGGACUAACUGUAAAAUAUCAUGAGACAAACAUGAGAUAGAGAGGGAAGGAUGGUUGUUUUCCAUCAAGUUUGUUAUCUGACUUGCAGGCAGGGUAGUGUUUAGAUAAUAUGAAUUUAAAUAAAGUAAGUUGGGAUGUAAACAUGAGCAGUGGACGUUUAUUUGUUAUGAAGACUGGAGUGAAGGAAGCCUUUUUGCUUUAGCCAUUUUCUAUCCUAACCACAAGUGUCCCACCCACACCUUUCUCCAGGGUCAGACUACCUAUU